UCCACACCGUCUUCCAAGAGCUCACAGUAAAAAAAAAAAAAAAACAGAAAAGGCAGCAUAUCACAUUUGAGGAAAUAUGCACGCCGUCCCUGCCAUCACAAUCCCUUAAAGGGAUGCCAGACUUGACUCUGAGUGCGCCUGAUCCAAUCUCAGUCCAUCCACAUCCAGAUCCUAAGGUCUCGCGAGGCCUGUCCCAUUUUAGACACCUUUCUAUCUGGAGUACAUAAGACAUAUUCAAAACAGAUGAUCAUUUUGAUUUUUAAUAUAGAUUUUUUUUAGCAGCAGAUCCACAAAAGCUUGAAGAAAAAAAAAGUCAAAUUGCUGAAAAUGUCACAUGAUCGUAAAGUGGCAACCAUGUGACGAGGGGAAAUCAUGCUCGAUGUUAUCCGGAGCAACUGCAUUCCUCUGCGUCAGAGUUCUCAGGUGAGUCACAGGUCGAAAGGCAUCAACCGUUGAACCCUGAGCGGGCGUGAUUCUUCCGGGUGUCCCGCCACCGACGACAGACGUGUACAUGAGCGAGAUCGUCCCAAAAAUGGAGUCCCCGUGCGGCGGUCCGGCUCAAAAGCAGUUGGAGUGUCCCUUGUGCGAGCAGGUGCUGAACGACCCCGUGACCACGCCCUGCGGACACAACUUCUGCCAGGCCUGCCUCCAGCGCCGGUGGAGCGACAGCAAGGCUUGCCGCUGUCCCGCGUGCGACAAGGCCUUCACAAACCGGCCCGAAGUAAGCGUCAACGCCGCCUUCAAGAAGCUGGCCGACACCUUCAAGAGGAUGACGCUCGGCCUGUCCUCCUCGCCGCCGCCGCGAGACGGCGAGGUGCCGUGCGACGUGUGCGCCGCCGCCUCCCUGCAGGUGCGCGCCCUCCAGUCCUGCCUGGUGUGCCUCACCUCGUAUUGCCACACCCACCUGGAGGCCCACCGCAGCGUGGCCACCUUGAUGAUGCACCGGUUGAUAGCGCCGGCCGCCAAUCUGCGGGAGCGUCUGUGCGGGCAGCACGAUCAGCUCCUGGAGAUGUUCUGUCGGGAUGAGCAGCGGUGCGUUUGCCGCUUCUGCACCGAGAGCCAGCACAAAGGCCAUCGCGUCGUGCACAUUGACGAGGAGAGCAAGGAGAGGAAGGUCCAGAUGGGGACGAUGCAGACCGACUUUGAGCACAAGAUCCAAGAGCGACAGAACAAAGUGGAGGAAAUCCAAAAUGCUCUCAAACUCAGUAAGAUAAGUGCGGCAAAUGAGAAGACAAACAACAAACACCUCUUCGAGCGCCUGAUCGCUUUGGCCGAGGAAACGCGAGUGGCGGUCGACGGCGAGGUUGAGCAGAGUCAGAAGGCGGCCGAGCAAAGGGCCAAAGGGCUGGUGGGCGAGCUCCGGCGGGAGAUUGCCGAGCUCCAGUCGAGGAACGCCGAGUUGGCGAAGCUCAUGGACACGGACGACCAUCUGAUCCUCCUCCAGAGGUUUCCCUCGCUAACGUCGGCUCCCCCGACUAGAGAAUGGGCGGAGAUCAGCGUUCACACUGAGCAAUGCGUGGGGACGUCGAGAAGAGCGCUGUCAAAAAUGGUCGCCGCCCUCAGGAGUGAGCUGGAGGGCCUGCAAACGGACGAAAUGAAGCGCAUGCAGAGUUACGCAGUGGACGUGGAGCUGGACCCGGACACCGCCCAUCCCAAUAUUUGUCUUUUGGACAACGGCAAGCGGGUGAGCCGCGCCGAGAUGCUGCGAAUUGUGCCUGAUAACCCUCAGCGCUUCGACCCGGUGAUCUGUGUUUUGGCCAAGAGAGGCUUCUUGUCCGGCAGGUUCUAUUUUCAGGUGGACGUGGGGACUAAGACUUUUUGGGACGUGGGCGUGGUCAAAGAGUCAGUAAAUAGGAAAGGCCUGAUCACCUCCAAGCCUGAGAAUGGCUUCUGGACGAUGCGUCUCAGGGGCGGGGACGAGUACCGUGCUUUGGACUCACCGUCUGUCCUUUUGACCUUUGACACGAAGCCGCAGACGGUCGGCGUGUUCAUUGAUUACGAGGAGGGGACAGUGUCAUUUUUCGAUGUGGAUGCCAGGUCUCACAUCUACACAUUCACCGGGUGUGUGUUCUCAGAGAGAAUUUUUCCAUUUUUUAGUCCCGGAGUUUGUGAUGAGGGAAGGAACGCUGCUCCGAUGAUCAUCACCACCGUAGACAAGUUAACACUGGCCCCUUCGCCACCAACCGAUGUGGCACUUACCGGCAAUGCAUGAGCUUUGUCACAACAGUAAAAAACAUGUCUGUCUUUGAGUAUCUCUCACUUUCUUUUUUUUAAAACUCAUUCUCUGUCUAAAUUUAAAUACUUGAAUAACUGGCCGGCAAAAAAAAAAAAAAAACCUAAACACUGCCAACGCUCUUGUAAACAAAUAGCAAAAUCGCACCACACUCAAUAAUUACACAGCACAUUUCUUCAGUUCUCAUUCAAUAAAAAUGUGUCAACAACUGUGAAA